GAGUCGGUAGCAUUAAAAGUUGCCGAUUUCGUUGUUCGUGCAUUUAAUACUGUUAACAAUCCUAGUCCGCGUAGAAAACAACCACCGAACCUGGAAUCCAAUGAAGAAAGUUUUCAUAGUGACGAAAAUUCACAAGAAGAUCGACCGAAUAGUAACCUCUACGAAGCUUCAAAUCCCAUGUCACCUUGGCGACAUGUAAUUCGUGUGUUGGGACUUCAACCGAACCAAAUUAGCGCAGUAGCUGUUAAUGCUCUUGUGUUUGUUGCACAAAUGAUUUCAACUUUCUUAACGGGUGCCCGAAGACCAGGCAGACCAAAUCGAGCAGAGGAUCCCACAACGUGGAUUCUAAAUAAAAAAUCUAGAAGACUUCAAGAUCUCGUCGCAAUGGCUAAAAAUGAAUCUCUAUCAGAUCUGAUUGAACAAAUGAUACAACAAGAAUCCACAGAAGAAACAAGCUGUAUACGUUUACUAGUUUGUAAAAUAACGCCUUUCAUAAAUAAAAUGCAAAAUACUGUUUUCGGUGAAGACAAUUCAAACGACAAAUCUCGAGAACGUACAGGCGCUGCAAUUUUAUACCGGCAUCUACCAACAUCUGAAGAAAUUAACAGUCGUAGUAAUUUCUGCGAGAAUCGACACAAGAAUUGCAAUUUGAAUGAGUAAUUAAUUUAGGAAUUUCAUAAGUUAAUAGUCUUAA